AUGCAGUAAUAAUAAUAACAAUUAAGAUCAUCUGAAAUCAGAAGACAAUCUUCAACUUAAUCAAAUAGUGCAAUUGAUGAACCAUUCCUAAAAUUUUUGGCUGAAAGUAAUUAUUUGGAAAGUGAAUAAUCGUCUCAAGAAAAACAUUAAAAAUUAACCAAAUGCAAAACUGAACAUUCUCUUUAGCCAAUCUAGUACAUCAAUUCAAAUUCAUUUACUGUUAGCGAUAAGAAGGUAUUGUAAAAAUAAAAAAAAUAGUUUUCAUUUCCAGCAAAUGAAAUUCUUGAAUGGGAAACCUUAUAAAUAACCUUGCCACCUGAAGUUUAUCAGUUCUUAUUGUUUAUGAAAACCUAGUGCAGUAACGGUAUCAUCGUUUACACAAACGAAUAAAUAUAAGGUUUGUUAGAUGAUAGUAAAGUAAUCAUGUAUAGAUAGAUAUAUUUAAUAUAGUAAAAAUUAAUUAGAAUUAUUUUAAAAAUUGAUUGAUAAAGGAUGGAUAUCAAAAACAACAAGAUUAUUUAAUGAUAUUUCAAUUAACUUUUAUGCAUUAUCAGUAAAGAAAUUAACAUAUGAAAAUUUGGUUUGGAUUAUCAGAUCUAUUAAAAGAGAUUUAAUUACUCCAACAGAAAGAUUAGUGUAAAGUAGAAUUAAAGAAUGUUAUGGAUUAAAGUACACUAGAAUUGAAUGGGAACUUAUUAUGAAUUAGUUAAAAUCUCAAAAACAAUAAAUUAAAUUCCGUUCUUCUAAUGGAAAAUUAAUUGAAUUGCCACUACUCUAAGUUAAAAAUAUUAAGGAUCCAUUAAUAUAAGAGGAAACAUAUGGAAUUUAUAUUUAUUAAUAAAAUUGGAUUGUUGAGGAUGAAUUUCAACCAGAAUUAGAUAAAAAAUAGGAGUGGACUAUAUUUAUAGAAUUUUUAAUGGAUUUUUUUUCAAAGACUAAUGCUUAAAAUAAUAAAAUUUUAAAAGGAGGUAGAUAUGGAUGUGCUUAAUUCAUUAAGCUAUUAGGACCAAAGAAAUUAAGAGAAUUAUCUCUUGGUAGAUUAACACUUUAUGUCUAAAUGGCUGUGAAUAAGAAUUAUAUUCGGUACAAUAAAACCAUUCUAAUACAAGAAAGUAGAGAAAAAUCAGAACAUACAACUGAUAGUUCUGUUGAUGGAGACCCUUAAAUUAAAAUAAGAGUAAAAGAACUAUAAGAAUAAUUGAUAGAAUUGUUAUUGGAAAAUCCUGAUGGGUAUGUACUUAUAAUUAAUUAAGAGUGUAUCGUUGGCAUAAAUACCUACAUUGUUAAAAGAAAGAGUCAAUUUUGAAUUGAAUUUGAUUGAAUUAGGUUUUCCAAAACUAAAGAAUUUCAUAGAAAGUGUUAAGGAUGUCAUUUCUAUUGAAAAUAGUGGUAGAAAUAAUUUUACUGCUAAAUUAAAUUAUUCCAAAUUGCCUAAAAAAUAUUAAAGUAAUUCUCAAAUAAUAAAUUCUUAGAAGUUAAAUAAAGUGAAUCUUUUAAUUAAAAAUAUAUUUAUACUGUCUUAUAAAUGAUUAAAAACAUUUUAAGUAAACAUAAAUAUGGAAUCAGUAUAAAUCAACUUUAUUAUGAUUUAUCUUAACUAUUAGGAGAAUGGUUUAAUUAUUAAAGAUUUUAAUGCUAAAGUUUUUUCUAAUUUUUACAGAAUUAUGCUGAAAAUAUUUUAGUGAUUGUUUGUUAAAAAGGAAAUCAAUACUUAAUUUAUGAAAGAGAUUUAAGAUUUUUGCCACCUCCAUAACCAACUUAGGAUAUAAAUGAUCAAUAAUUUGAAUAAAUUUUAAGCGAAGCUUUUUAAUGUAGUUUAGGAUUAUCAAUACCAUAGUCCAGUUUCUCUAGUAGUUGGCUUGGUAAAGUUGGAGAUUCUUAGAUAAGAUAAAAAUCACCUCCUCGAAUUGAAGAUUCUCAUUAAGAAAUUAAAGAUAAUCUAAAAUUCAUUGAUGAAUUAUUGGGUAUUAUUUUUAAUUAACUUUAGGAAACGAAAAUAAGUAAAAUGAUACCUAUUCAAUUUAAGAUUGGUCUGAAAAAUCAAUGAAUCCUUUAGGAAUGAUUAGUUCAAU